CCCUCCCGUUUGUUUUCCCCACCCCUUUCAGUUCCUCCUAUAAACUUUGUAGCGUGUCCUGAGAGCCCGUGUGUCUACAUCCAACGUUCUCCUGGCGCCUCACACUCCACCUUUUAUCUGAAAGGACCGCUUCCUCCUUCGGCUGCCGUUCAAAGGGCACCACAAGAACGCAACAGCACCACCAUCUCCAUCCGGUCAUUCCUCUCACUGCCACUUGUCUGCAGUCUUCAUCAGGAUGGAGAGGGUGCAGCACAUGACCCGCUCAGCCAUUCGGAGGGCGUCCAACAUCGAGGUGAACCCGCAGACCAAACGCAACCUACAAGAUCUCAUCAUCAACUUCUCCCUCAUCCUCAUCUGCCUGCUGCUCAUCUACAUCAUCGUCUUGCUCAUGUGACACCGAAAGAUGACCACCGGCCAAUCGCAAGACGUGCUCUACAAGACCUUGGACAAUUUUUGGUGAAUUGAAAAUGUCCUACUGAUGAUGCAACACAUGUUAAUUUCUCGAAAUAAUACAGAUUUUUCUUCAUUUAUGUCCGCAGCAUUAUAUUCUUACAACAAUACACAUAUUUUUUGACUUUUGGAUGAGUGCAGAUCUCACUUUGUUCAUAUAUGUUUUGUAUUGGGAUAUAUAUAUAUAAAACAUCGAAAAUCGUAUGUUAGGUAAAUUUUGUAUAUGAUAUCAAUGUACAAAAGGAAGCAGUCAUUUGAACUGGUGUGGUUCACAAAAAUUUACAUCAAAAUGCCUGUAACUUCUGGAAAACAGUGCCGAGUCAUUUAUGUAAAUAUCCCCUCCCAAAAAAAAAAAAAAACAAAAUGCAUAAUUGUUGUGUUGAAAUGCAAAAUGUAUAGGUCAGUCACAGAGAUCAUAUAUUAUACACUGAGGAACCAAGUAUGUUGGCACUGAGGUAAAUUAAGCUGGUUCGCUUAACAUAUUAACGUCUGUUUACACUUCCUGUGAACAUGAUCUGAGAACAGGGGAGAGAGGGCUAAAAUGGGUAAUUUAAGGAUGUUUUUAAAUGUGGACAAGCAAUAAAGAGAAAGUUUGUUUUAAAAGA